CUUAUAGAUAAGUACAAGUCCCCCAGGAAAGACUGCAGGAAAUCAUGUACAUAAUUGUCACCGUCUUGACCACUCUCGCCCUCAGGGCUGCGGCCCAGGGCGGCUGUGACCCCGCCACUAACUGCCAGCUGCCCAACUGUCGCUGCUUUUUAGACUCUGCCGUGCCUGGGGGGUUCAAUGUGAGUGACGUGCCUCAGUUAGUGGUGCUGACCAUGGACUACGCCCUGAACGAGGAAUACGAGCCCCUGUAUAACCAGAUCUUCUCUGUCGCCAACCCUAACGGCUGUGAAAUUAGAGGAACCUUCUUUGUUCAGGAUAAGACUUCGAACCUGGGACUGGUUAAGCGGUACGCUGACGGAGGGUUUGAGAUCGGAAUCAAUUCCAUAGAUGGAACUAUUCCUGCAACAGAAGGGGAUAUGCUCAACAUGAUGAAAACAGUAAAACAGGACCUGAAGACGGCGGGAGUCGGCGAGAACUCGAUAAAGGGAGUCAGGCUGCCGCAGCUGGCCACUUCCGGCGAUACAGAAUUUAUCGCAAUGGGUAACAAUGGUCUACUUUAUGAUGCCGGAUGUGUUACCAGCCAAUACGACCAACAGUUGAACUACAAAUGGCCGUUCACGUACGAUUUCCCACCAACAGACAACCUCUGCACCACCGGCACUAGUCCUACGAAAAAAUUUCCAGGUAAAUGGCAGAUUUUGGUCGCAGACCUGACGUGGCAAGGAAACAAGUGCCCCUCUCCCGCUGGCUGUGGUAACGUAACCACCAAAAAGGACGCGUUCGAUUUCCUUUACAACAAUUUUGCCACACACUACGAGGGAAACAGGGAGCCCUACAUCAUUGUGCUGGACCCGGUCUGGGUGAAGACCGACUUCAAAUUAGAGGGAACCAUUCAGUUCGUCGACUAUCUGAGGGCAGCAUUUAACGAUGUGUGGAUUGUGACCGCCAAUCAGCUGUUAGAGUGGGUCCAAACCCCGACCAAGAAAGCCGACCUCAACACAUUCGCCCCAUUCCAGUGUUAAUCUUCUCUCAUCAUUUCACUCAAGGCAUGCUCAUCACAUCACUUGACACAUUCACCGGUGUGUAAUAUCUGUUCAAAAUAGAGCAAAAUAGUGUAAUAUUUGUGUGAAUAUUUUAACAAUAAAAGAGUUUUUUAAAACCCUUUGAAAAUA